GUGAAAACACAAACGAACACGAUACAAUUUCUUUACCAGAUCAUUGGCCAGUUGAUUCUCAAGAAAGAACUAGCAACAGGUCGUUACACGGUGUCAUUGAAAAAACAAGAUGGAAAUUUGGACAUUUUGUUUGCUUUUUGUGACGUUAGUCUUCACUGUCAGUCAAUGCCAAAAAGCAGUUAUUACUAACUGCAAAGAUCAAACCAGGUUCAUGUGCUCAAACGGUGUCUGUUAUCCAAAACGUUAUUUUUGUGAUGGACGUGCUCAAUGUGCUGACAGAACAGAUGAAACGAUAUGCUCAAGAUGUAGGUAUUACAAGUCAUUCAACUGUUCUGACGGCUAUCAUUGCAUCCCAUACGUGUUUCGCUGUGAUUACAUCAAUGAUUGUCCAGAUCGGUCUGAUGUACAGAACUGCACGUACCCAGUAUAGGAACAUAUGGCUGCACUUUCUGCACAACUGACGCUGAUUGUGCAGCCGGUGGCGUGUGUUGCCUAAGUCUGUGUGGAGGUAACCCUUCAGCUUUGGCCAAUAAACUCCACGCCUUGAUAUUUUUGGACUUUUUUG